AAGCGGGCGGAAGGAGGGCGGAGAUCACGGGAGGCGUACGUAAGAAAAAGUUAUGGGAGUUCAAGUGGUGCUGUGAGAUAAGAUCCUCGCAGUCGGAGUUUGUCGGCUCGCCGAGCAACUCGGCGGCGUUUAUUUGUCCGCUCUUUGUCCGCGCGGUGAUAUGUCAAGACCGUGAUAGCGCGAUUUCAUCGGUCUGUUAAGAGUGGAAAAGCGUGUAAUAAUGGCGGGCGAAUCACUUUUGGUUAAUUCAACCGGCAAUUAUACCGAUCAUCCGACGUUUCCGAGGCCUGUAACCAUCGUCGCCGCUGUCUGCGCCAUCGUUUUUGGAAUCGUUGGAGUUACAGGAAACUUGAUGACGGCGAUAGCUCUCCUCAAAUAUCCAAGGAUAAGGAAACACGCCACCACCGCAUUCGUAAUCAGUCUGAGUAUUUCGGAUCUGAUAUUUUCCGCGAUCAAUAUGCCCGUCACCGCGAGUCGCUACAUCGAAUUGAACUGGAUUCUCGGUGGAGUGAUGUGCAGAUUAUUCCCAAUAUUCUUCUACGGAAACGUGGCAGUUUCGCUGCUCAGCAUGGUAGCCAUAACGAUCAACAGAUACCUGUUGAUUUCGAGGCCAGACAUUUACCCGGAGAUCUACACAGACCGAGGAAUAACGAUGAUGCUGAUCGGCAUAUGGGUGGUAAGCUUCAGUAUCCUGAUACCAUCGGCGCUGGAUAAAUGGGGAACACUCGGUUUGGAUGAGAAGACAUUUUCAUGCACGAUACUGAAGAAGGACGGCCGAAGUCCGAAGAAGUUGCUGUUCGUGAUCGGUUUCGCGAUACCGUGCCUGGUGAUAAUCGUCUCCUAUCUUUGCAUUUACUGGCGGGUGCGUCAGAGCUUGAAAAAAUUGCAAGCCCAUUCCGGUGGUAAACGGGGUGGUUUUCAGCGCAAGGAAGACUCGCGGGUGACGCGACUGAUGCUGACGAUAUUCCUCUGCUUUUUGCUGUGCUUCAUGCCGCUGAUGGUCGCCAACGUCGUCGACGAGAACAUGGAGAUGCCGGUCUUCAACGUGAUAGCCUCCAUACUAUCGUGGGCUUCAUCUGUCAUCAACCCCUUCAUUUACGCCGGCACGAACAGACUUUAUAGAGAAGCUUACAAGCAACUCUUGUGCCCACCGAGGUCGAGUAACAGAACUUUUAGACCUCCAAGGCCGACUCAUUCUCAUUCUAGCAAAGUUUCAUCGCCAAAUGUGACGUAGC